CGCGCUCCAAAAUAUUUAUAUAAUAUCAAGAAAAUGGAAAUUUCUUCAACGGUGUAGGAGGUAGGAAAUGUCUGUUCACUGUUUUAAAUUUGCCGCGUUACAUCCAGUGCUCGUUAGUCGGUAGAAAUGUUUUACAUUUGAAAAGGAAGUAUAGUAAUUAUCAUUUUUCUUUUUCGAAAAGUACAAAUUAAUUUUCUAUAUUUAAUAAAAAAAAUAUAAUAUAAGGAUGCAUUGCGUAAGAACGUUAUAUUUUAGAAAGGUACCAUUGUCCACAACAUUGAAAUACAUCACAGAAUGUCAGUCUAUAAUUAUGCAUGGUACAUGUUGCUCAACAAAAAUUGAAUUUCGUCAAUACUGUCAGAAUGUUCAUGCAAAACAACCACCUGUAGAUGUAAAGACUCCAAAAAAUGGAAUCUUACAAAGUAUUAUGUUAAGAUUUAAUUUAUAUAGAAAAAAGUAUAGACUGAUGUUAACAGGUUAUUUAUUAUAUACUAACACUGUUGACAAUCUCAAUUAUGAAGUGUUUUUUAAAGAUUUCAAUAUGCCAGAUACUUUAUUUUCUUGGUUUUUAAUCACUGAAUUACAUGUUUGGAUGUUAAUGGCUCGUUUUAUGGCUGAAGGAGACAGAGGUAAAGUAGUUAGAAAUAAUAUUGUUGAAGCCAUGUGGCGUGAUGUUACUGUGAGGAUAGAUAAGCUUGGUUUUAUAGCUGGAAAAGUAAAAAGGAGACAAAUAAUGGAUUUAUCAUACCAAUUUAAUGCUGCUAUACUUGGUUAUGAUGAAGGAAUUCUAUCUGAUGACAAAGUAUUAGCAGGUAGUCUAUGGAGAAGAUAUUUCGUCUCCCAAUGUAAUAAUCCAGAGCAUAUUGAGAAACUUUUAAUAUAUGUAAGAAAACAGAUGAGUAUACUAGACGAAAUUCCGACAGAGGAACUUUUUGCUAAAACGCAGAUAGAUUGGAUAGAUUUGAGAAACGUUAGCUGAAACUUGUUAUAAAUUUGUAAAUAGUAACCAGAUAAUAUAAUAAAUAAUUAAACUUA